GAUGGCAAAUUUAAGAGAAUAUUCGAUAAACUAACGGACAAAAUGUGGCGCACAAACCAAUCAGUUGAUGCAGCAGCUGCUAUUGAGUUUAAGCAGUACCUGCACACCAACCGUGAACUCUGGGAGAAUGCUAGAGACCAUCAUGGAUGCACAGUGAUGCAUCAUGCUGUUCAGAAUGGGAAUUUAGCCUUGUUACAAACUCUUAUUGAUGCAGGAGUGAACCCCAAUGUAAAGGAGAGGUGUGGUGCUACAGCACUGACAUUGGCAGUCAUAAAAGGACAAGAAGAAAUGGUGAAACUGCUACUUGACAAUUUCGCUAUUUGCCAUACUGCAUACUUCUCUUCAGUGCCAGGACCAAAGCAGAUUGCAGAUAAGUUGGGAUUGGAUAGUAUUAGCACUCUAAUUCAAAGUUGUUUGGCUCAGGAGAACGAACAAGAUCUUGCAGUUUGGGAGAUGACCGAACUGUCAACAACAGAGCCUCGUGUUGUUGAUAACUUGCCUGGACCAGAUGAUGCAGACCCAGUGUAUUGCAGGCAUAUCAUGAAUUGGAAAACACUUGUUGUUGGUGAUCAGGGAACAAACAAGAUAAUCAGAAGGGUGAAGGAAAAAUCCUCUUCAGCUUAUGGAUGG